GGGAGAUCAGAAGGCAUGACGCAGUUGACAGGUUUUGAGGAUCUUCACAGCCAUGGAGCCUGAAAUUCUUGAAGUACAUUGCCUCAUCAAACAAGCAAUCAUUACCCUGUCUUCCUCCAGGGACAGAGCAGAAAUCAUACGCACCUUACAGUCUGUGAAGCAGAACCUAAGGGGACCUGAAACUGCCAAUCCCUCACCACAGAAGAAAGAAUUUUUUAAAACACACUAUUCCCACUUCCUGCAAGUCCUGACUAAUAAUCUGAGUGUUGAUUGGCUGCAGUUGCUGCCUGUUAACCAGGAAAAAGAAUUAUUGGAUGACUUCUUUCUGAAUGGCCCACCCCAUGAAGCAUUCUUGGUGCUGCUGGACACUAUCACGGCAACAAGACCAAGCUUUCGACAGGAGCGAUGUGUGGCAAUUCUGGAACAAUUCCUGCAGGAGGAUCGGAUGGCCCAGCUGAUUGAGGAGAUUUGUCUCGAAUACACCUCACCUCACAUGUCCAGUCUGCAAGAGACACUGUUGAAUAAAAUUUCUUCAUUGCCAGAUCACAUGGCAAACAAAUUGGAGAAGGACAACAGAGCAAUAUUCUACCCUGAGAACUAUUACUCACUGUUAGGACAAGAGAUGGUACUGGUGCUGGAAAGAAUUUAUGAGCAAUUGAAAGGAGGAAUGGACAGUUCGCUCUUCUUCGUGUCUCAACUUCUGGGGAAGGUCUGCAUGCAAGGACACACUGAUGCGGUUCUACAUGUAUUAGUGCCAAGACUCACUAUUCUUACGCAAUCGGAUUGUAUUUGGCAGCGAAUCAGUUGGCGAUUAGUGGAGAAUGUGCCUGAACGUUGGAUGGAGAACGUAGUUUCGGGUUUUGUCCGGUUAUCAGCAGGGCCGAAUGUGCUCUCAAGGUUGCUAGGCAGCAUUGUGCUGAAGAACAAGAAGGCCAAUUUUGUUCUAACUCACAAAUUCCUACUCUUGCAGUAUCGGCUCAAGACAUCUGUGUUACAAAACUUGUUGGGCUAUCUGGCCGGUGAGAAGUCUCGAGGCUGCUUAUUGAUUGAGGUGCUUAAGAAGUUGUUGGAGACUUGGAGUAACAGCAGUGCUCUGAGACACACCCCUAUAGAACAGCAGCUCUACAUCAGCAAAGCCAUUGUCAUCAUCCUUGCAGAACUCUCAGACUCGGAGAUACAGGAACACAAAACAGAGCUUCUCUCUGGGAUGAUGGCUGGGGUGGAGUGUCAUCUGGACAGCAAUAUAGCCCGUGUUCGCCAGCUGGGGAUGGUUGUUGCAGAAUGCCUCAGUGCAAGGGUGAACUCUGGAGAUCACAGGCUCAAGUUCGAGUACACAGAAGAUGAUGAGUUGAGUGAGCUGAAGUCACUGGCCAGCCCAAGGCUGCUUUCAAGCUGGGAGGCCCCCCCGCAGCAGCACAAAGAUGAAAAUUCACAGCUAGAGAGUGGACAGGGCUUGGCGGAGACCAGUCUGAAUCCAGUGGAGAGCAGACAGAACUCGCAGGAGGUACAGGACUCUGAGUCCACGUCUGAACUUGACAGUGAUGAUGAACUGAUUCCGUAUGACCUAUCGAUUGACACUGAGCUGCAAAGGAAUCGGGCCCCAGUCUACAUCAGUGACGGUGUAGAAGUCCUGAUGACAUCUGCAGAUCCAGAACAAAUUGAAAUAACUUUGAAGGUUGUGGAAAACUUGAUUAGAAAAAAUCCAACUGCGAGUAGAGAGAUCAGUGUGCAGUUAACAAAGGUUCUUCUCCACCUUGAGGACAAGUUUAACAUCUCUGGGUUCAUGGGAUUGCGACAGGGAGGGCUGGUGGCAAUCACUGUCACUGACACAAUUCCUGUCACUCAGUAUCUUACCACAGAGUUCUAUGCUGUGAAUUAUAGCCUGACUCAACGUCUGGACAUCCUAGAUGUCCUGGCACUGGCUGCCCAGGAGCUAUCCCAGCCUGACAGCAGCCAAAGAGCAACCAAUGAGAGCCCCUCCAUUCAGCUCUUGAAAUCGGAAACUUCUGGUGCAUACAACCCCAGCCAGCAAUGGAAGAAAAUCAUUGAGAAAAGGAUAGAAAAUAAGACCCGGCGCUUCACCAGAGGAGCAUCAAGACCAGCACCCGAGGCUGUUCCCAAUAGGCUGAGUCCAGUAGCCGGAUAUUUCUUCUUCCCUCUGAUCAGGAACUAUGACAGGCCACAGACACCAUUUGAUUUCCUAGCUGAAGAACCUUUGAUUAUGGGACGUUUAAUUCACACAUUGGCGAUUAUAAUGUACUUUUCAGUGAAUGCCCUGGUUGCCAUUCACAUGGGGAAAGCUCUGCUGGAUUUCAUCUGGGCUGUUCGAUAUCACACAGAUGCGUACGUGCGGCAGGGCACACUGUUUGCUGUCUCCUCUGUGUUAUUGAGUGUUCCCAACAACAUCCUCCUGACUGAAGUUCCAGAUGAACUCCUAGAAAUUAGAUGCUGGCUUGCAGAUGUUGCUGAGAAUGAUGCAGAUGAAGGUUGCCGCAGGUCAGCCCUGCAGAGCUUGCUUUUAAUGGAAAACUUCAAGAAGAAACUUGGUGUUUUCACAGAAUAAUCUUAAAACUCAGGCUCGAGGUCCAUCAAAUUAACAUUUCUUGAAACUGUAUCAGGUCACUGUAAGCUGGAGUAUGAGACACUGCUGAAUGGAAAGCACUCCGUGAGUCUGGCCUUGAACAGAACAUAUACCUACAAAUUGCAGGGUUUGUGUAAGAGUCAGAAGGAGAAAAUACCAAUAACUCAGUGUCCUUAGAGAGUGACCUCAGUGAGAAAUCUGAACCAAGAACAUUUUGUCUUCCUUGUUCGUUGGUAGUUACAGAAUUAUUGACUUGAAGGGCUCAGUGGAAUGUUAAUCAAGACAGUCAAGGUCUGCAGUCUUAUAUGUUGGGAAAUUGUUACUUUUCUGACCUGGAGAUGCAUUCAUCUGUAAUCAUUGAGUCUGAGAACACAUAUUUAUUUGUUUUGCAAGAAGGUGCCCAUUUUCACUGGUGCACAUCUCUCUCUCGCUCUCUCUCUCGCUCUCUCUCUCGGCAGUUCCUGAUUCUGAUGACCGCAUCUGUACUUCAGGGAGGAACUGAGCAACAAGGAAUGAGAAAACUGUCUAAACCUACCCUAAACCAAGAGACAACAACUUAAAUCCUAGCACAACUAAUGCAACACCACGUUGACCUGUGAAUUGCAGAGUUAAAAUUCACACAACACCAGGUUACAGUCCAACAGGUUUAAUUGAAAGCA